CCACCGCCCCACCGCUGGUGCCCCUGUCCCAGCCAGGAUGGAGGCCAUCAAGAAGAAGAUGCAGAUGCUGAAGCUGGACAAGGAGAACGCCCUGGACCGGGCGGAGCAGGCAGAGGCGGAGCAGAAGCAGGCGGAGGAGCGGAGCAAGCAGCUGGAGGAUGAGCUCGCUGCCAUGCAGAAGAAGCUGAAGGGGACGGAGGAUGAGCUGGACAAAUACUCUGAGGCCCUGAAAGAUGCCCAGGAGAAGCUGGAGCUGGCAGAGAAGAAGGCAGCGGACGCUGAGGCAGAAGUGGCGUCUUUGAAUCGCCGUAUCCAGCUGGUAGAGGAGGAGUUAGACCGAGCCCAGGAGCGCCUUGCCACAGCUCUGCAGAAGCUGGAGGAGGCAGAGAAGGCCGCAGAUGAAAGCGAAAGAGGCAUGAAAGUCAUUGAAAACAGAGCUCUGAAAGAUGAGGAGAAGAUGGAGCUGCAGGAGAUCCAGCUCAAGGAAGCCAAACACAUUGCAGAGGAGGCGGAUAGGAAGUAUGAGGAGGUUGCUCGGAAACUGGUGAUCAUAGAGGGAGAUCUGGAGCGUACUGAAGAGAGAGCUGAGCUUGCAGAGUCUAAGUGUUCCGAGCUGGAGGAAGAGCUGAAGAAUGUCACCAACAAUCUCAAGUCUCUUGAGGCUCAGGCUGAGAAGUACUCUCAAAAAGAGGAUAAAUAUGAGGAAGAGAUCAAGAUCCUGACUGAUAAACUCAAAGAGGCGGAGACCCGUGCUGAAUUCGCUGAACGGUCUGUAGCCAAGCUGGAGAAGACUAUCGAUGAUUUGGAAGAUGAGCUCUAUGCCCAGAAACUGAAGUACAAAGCAAUUAGUGAGGAACUGGACCACGCCCUGAAUGACAUGACUUCCAUAUAAGCCUUGCGAUUCCAAACUCCACUUUGGAUUUGCCUUUCUGCUUGGUGGCUUGUUCUGCAUCUGCACCCUGCAUUCACGCUCUCGUCAUCUCGCUCUGAAUUCCAGUACCUUUUUCCAGUUACUGUGCACAGGGCAUCCCUGGGAACGAGUGCUGUAAAGACACUGAAGCUUGACAGCAGCAGCAGCCCCCCAGUUAUGCUGCACUUGCUCCUAAACAAAGCUCCCUCUGUUUGACCCGAUGUGCCAGACACUGCUGUGCUCUGAGGGGCUGCCCUUUCAAUGUCUGGGUGUAGCUGGGAGUAUGUUGUUCUUAUCUGCAUAUCUUGCGUAGAGCCAUAAAGCUCCUUUUGUAUUUCUCUUGCUUGAGCAUGAUGUCACCUUUUUUAAGGAAAACAAUUCUCGUAUCAAUUGAAUGGAACGGCUGGUGCUUUUGAGAAAUGGGUUUCUAGUGACCACUGGCUGCUUUAGAGUAACUGUUUCAAUGUUGCCUUCAAACCAGUGUAACCCUCAUCCUCCUUGGUGGAAUACACAGACUUCAUUAAUGUGCCGGAUUUUUCUCUUUGGGUGCCUUACCGGCUGGUGGAUGUGAAUUGCAGCUCUGCGAGUGGUGCCUCGGCAUGCAGCGUGCUCCGUAGGGUUAAACGGGAGCUGGGGGGGGGGGGGGGCGGUUGUAGCAGGAAACCCUCGAGCUGUGCCUGCUGCAGCCUGGCUGAAGUCACUCCUCACACCUGCCUGCUCUGUGGUGUUCACUGGGGUGGCUUUCCAAACGCUGGUUUGCAGUGGGAAGUCGCCACGCCUGAUAGUCACUAGGUCACCAGCAGGGUGUGAAAGCUAAUAAAUAUCAAGCGAGCUCUGGCUGGUUUCCAGUUGGAUGGGACUGGUUGGGUGUGAGGUGCUGCCUGUGCCUGGGGUGGGAAGUGGGGGGCGAGGGGGGAUGUGUGGCCCCUUGUUUUGGGAAUGAAGCAUGGCUGUGGGCGUCUGAGCCAGGGAAUCAGUGUUGUGCAGAGCUUCCCUCCCUGUGCGGGGGCUGAGGGUGACGGGAUCCUCCUGGGAGUGCGGCAUGGAGCGUUACACCGAGCACUGCUGCGGGCUGCGAGCACUCCGUGUGUCUCCCCACUGGUCAGGGUUUGUUCCUGGUUGCUCUGGUAUCAUAAACACUGAUCAGCCUUUUGUAACUGUGUGCUGCCUUGUGCGGUGGCUUGUCAAAUACUUUUUCCUUUCUGGGUUGGUUCAUCUGCCACAGUGCCCGAAGAGCCCUUCACGAACAGAAUUUUGAUGAAAUGGGACACCUCCCGUGGUUUCCUCAGGUUUGUGUCACUCCAUUCUCCCCACAAAUGGCACUAGCAGCAAGGAUAGUCCAGACACGCUGAACUGCCCCAGCCUGUUCUCGCUGUCUUCUGUGUCAGGGCUGUCAGCUUUCUGCUGGCUCUGGGCGGGGAAGGAAGGAGCAUUCCCGAAAGGAAUUUCAAAGGGUAAUAGCUUGGAAAGCUCUGGCAGAUGGUGGUCUGACUCUCCUGGGGUAUGGGGCAAUGACUGUGCCCUGUAAGCACAAAGCGAGAACCCGUAACUCCUCAGUAACCAAACCUGCAGCUGGAGCAGGGGGGGUGGAUCUUGCACGAGUGGGCAGGGCUUCUGGCACAAGCAUCCAGGUCUGUGGAUGCUGCCAGCCCAGCAUUGAGUUGUCAGCUCUAACCGGGUGGGAGGUGGCACCUUCCCCUUGUGAAAUGGCUUCUCUCCUCCUGGGGAGGUCCUGUCAGCUGUGGGUUUAUUACUGACCUCCAGGAGCUGGUGGCUCUGCUGUUGCACAGUGAUGUUGCAAGUGAUGUUAUCGAUGGCUGGGCUGUGGCAGGCCCUUUCCCCGCUUAUCCUGAUGGAACUCCGUGCUGGGUGGUAGAUGGAAGGGUGGGUGGGUGAUGCAACUUCUGCCCUGGGAGGUUUGGAGAGGUUUCUGGUCUGACUGGAUUGCUAGGCUUGUGCAGGCUGGUUACCGUGAGCCGGGCUGUUGGCUCAGGAGCACUGCAAGUGCUGAUGAGUUGACCAGGAGGCAUGGGUCCUGGAGCUCCCCGGGUUGCGAGGACAGCUGGUAAGGCUGCCCUGUGGGCUGGGUGGAGAAGGGAGCAGGCCAAACACUGGAGCUAGCCCUAGCAUACCUGGGCAAGCAUUCCAUGUUGAGGAGCUGUUCCUGAGGUCUGUGAAGGGUCACGCUAAUUAUUACCGUCAGUCUGCUCCCUCACGUGGCUGGGUCCAUCAGAUCCCUGUCCACAAGCAGUAAAA